AUGGAUAUGCGUAAAUUCUUUGCACCUGUUACCACGAAUUUGAAAACUGCAGAAAAUGACAACUCUAGUCUUCCCGAGCAGUCAGUGCCAGCGAUAGUAAUUGAUGAUAAACAGGAAGACACGUCUUCUGAAUCAAGGUUUGGGACUGUGCCUAAUUCUGUCCCUGAAGCUGCGUCCACUAGAGGCGAACACGAGCAGGACAUCCCAGAUGAACCGUAUCAACCAGAUGUCAGCUGUAUUCAAUCACAGAAACUUGCGAAGAAAAAUCUGAAAUUUCAGCAACGCUGGUUCUCCAACUAUCAUUGGUUGCACUUCGACUCAAAAACUGGAGGGGUUCUGUGUCAUGUAUGCAUUACAGCAAAACGGAAGAAGCUGUCCGAGCUCACUAAAUGUGGAGAGGAGUCUUUUGUUGCAAGAGGUUUUAUGAAUUGGAAGAAGGCCAUCGAGAAGUUUGAUGCACAUGAGAAGUCAAACAGUCAUCGCUUGUCGCUAGAGAACAUCAAGUUUCACAAGACGCAGCAAUCUGUUAGCGCUCAGAUCAGCAGUGGUGUGCUUCGCCGAUCAAGGUCAAGCUCGAGUGGCGCUAGUGAAGUUGAUCUCCACGUUGAUGAUUGUGGCAGAACAAGGACUUCCACUCCGUGGUAA